AUGGCUUUCUACCAGCAACAACUGUCCACUGGAUGGACGUUCCGAGACCGAGACAGCGAGCAAUCGGACCUGGAUACAUGGAUGCCUGUACCAGCUAUUCCUUCAACAGUACAGCAAGAUCUCAUCGCAAACAAUAAGCUCGAAAACCCUUACAUAGGAUUCAACGAGCUCAAAGCCCGUUGGGUCAAUGAGAAAUCAUGGGUUUACAGGCAUGAAUUUCAACGACCAAAAAUUCCUACCGGCGCAAAAGUAGCCCUUGGGUUCGAUGGUCUGGAUACAUUCGCAUCAGUCACGCUUGACGGGAAAACUAUACUCGAAAGUGAUAAUAUGUUCCUGGGCCACCGUGUGGAUAUCACCGAAGCUCUACUCAAAUCCACCGAAGGAAAAAAAUAUGUCCUAGAAAUUGAGUUUGAUUGCGCCCAGUCCAGGGCACGCGAGAUUCGUGAAAAAUAUCCUGACCACAAAUGGGUCGGCUUCAAUGGCGAUAUUGCGCGGUUAGCUGUACGUAAAGCGCAGUAUCACUGGGGUUGGGACUGGGGUCCGAUCAUCAUGACGGCGGGCAUUUGGCGUGAUGUGCGCCUGGAGGUGUAUGCUGCGCGAGUAGCAGAUUUGUGGCCAAAGACGACGAACAUUGAUUUCGAUGGCAAGAGGGCGAGUGUCACGGCGAUUGCUAAGAUCGAUGCUUCGAGCUCGACAUCAAAGGACCUUAAGGCUUCGUUCCGUGUGAGUCUGAGGGGACAUGAAAUUGCACGCCAGGAUGACAUCUCUGUGAAUACUACCGAUCAAACAGCAAAAGUCAAGUUUGAGAUCACCGAUCCAGAACUGUGGUGGCCGCACGGCUACGGUUCUCAAACUCUGUACGAAGUCACAGUGUCCCUUUCACACGACGGAACAGAGCUACACAACACCACCAAGAAAUUCGGCAUACGAUCUGCCGAAACAGUCCAACAGCCAGAUAAGCAUGGAAAAUCAUUCUUCUUCCGGAUCAAUGGGGUAGAUGUUUUCUGUGGAGGGUCUUGCUGGAUUCCCGCGGAUAGUCUGUUGCCAAGUAUAGAUGCAGAGAGGUACAGGAAGUGGAUUGAGCUUAUGGUUGCCGGUGGGCAGGUGAUGAUCAGAGUCUGGGGCGGCGGAAUCUACGAAGAUGAAAAGUUCUACGAAGCCUGCGACGAGCUCGGCGUGCUGGUAUGGCAGGACUUUAUGUUUGGCUGUGGCAAUUACCCAGCCUGGCCUGAGAUACUUGAAUCUAUACGCCAGGAAGCUGUGUACAAUGUCCAGCGAUUACGCCACCACCCUUCUAUUGUGAUCUAUGUCGGCAAUAAUGAAGACUAUCAAGUGCAGGAGCAGGCCAAACUGACCUAUGAUUAUGACGAUAAGAACCCAAACAACUGGCUCAAGACAGACUUUCCAGCACGCUAUAUCUAUGAGAAAGUGCUUCCAGAAGUAGUAGCUGAGUACUCACCAGCGACCUUCUACCACCCAGGCAGUCCUUGGGGUGACGGCAAAAUCACCUCGGACCCUACAGUCGGGGACAUGCAUCAGUGGAACGUCUGGCACGGCACCCAAGAAAAGUACCAAAUCUUCGCCACCCUCGGCGGCCGCUUCAACAGCGAAUUCGGCAUGGAGGCAUUCCCGCACCUGUCUACGAUAGACUACUUUGUCGAAAACGAUGCAGACAAGUUUCCGCAAUCGCAUGUGUUGGAUUUCCACAAUAAGGCGGAUGGGCAUGAGAGGAGGUUGGCGACGUAUUUGGUAGAGAAUUUGAGGACGGCUACUGAUUUGGAGACGUACAUAUACUUGACGCAGGUAGUCCAGGCAGAGACAAUGAUGUUCGGAUACCGCGGCUGGAGGAAGCAAUGGGGUGACUCGCGACACUGCGGCGGCGCAUUAUUGUGGCAAUUGAACGACUGCUGGCCUACAAUCUCAUGGGCCAUUGUGGACUACUUCCUUAGACCAAAACCGGCUUAUUAUACCGUCAAACGAGCCCUCAGACAACUCACCGUUGGCGUGCAGCGUGAACACCAUGACUGGAGUGUUACGCACGCUCAACCGCCGGUGAAGAGCGGGUAUGAGUUGUGGGUUGCUAGUAGCUAUAGGCAUGAGGUACUAAAUGCGACGGUAGAAUUGCGAUUUUUAUCGGUUGUGUCUGGUAGAGACUUGAGGGCUCCGGUUGUCUAUGAUAAUGUCACGAUUACGCCUAACGGAACUACAGAUGUGCUCACAAACGGUGUCAUAGAUCACAUCGCUGAGCCAGAGCCACAUGUCCUGUCGGCACGGCUUUGGGUUGACGGUCAGGUCGUGGCGAGGGAUGUGGACUGGCCGCAGCCAUUCAAGUAUCUCGAUUUGUCAGAUCGGGGACUGGAAGUGCGGCCAGAGACUACGCGUUCAGCGGCUGGUGAGAGGCAGCAAAUCCUGAGAGUAAGUGCACGGAAACCGGUGAAAUGUCUCGUUUUCGAGGAGAGGGAUGGUGUGCGGGUUAGUGACAGUGCUAUGGAUAUUGUGCCGGGUGAUGAGCAGGUUGUUACCAUUACAGGGCUGGCUGAGGGAGAUGCUCCAUUGAAGUACAGGUAUCUAGGCCAGUAG